CAAUAGUCCAUUCUUUGAUAUUAAGGGUGACAAAUAAGGCCUCUUACCACAAGGAAUCAUUCAUUCUUAGCAGCUAAUAGCCAUCAAUAUCAUGGGUGUGCAAAUAUUGUCUUAGAUAGGAGAGCAAUAAUGACUUACUACUAGGACCUACGCCUUAGAAGUCACAAGCGAUCAAUGUUAUGGCAAAAUUUUAUUAUGUUGGAGUACAAGGGGUACUCCUGGCCAUAUACAUCACAUUCUGCUAUUACACAAUUGAAACAUCUAUUGCUCUAGAACACAAAUCAGGAUGGGUAAUCCAAUCAUACAAUGAGAACCCGCAUCCACUUAAUCUAUCCUUUAACCACAAAAAGGAUUUAGUUUGAAUUACCUCCACUAAUCUGUCAAUAUCUGUCUCCACCCUAUUAAAAAUCACUCUAUUUCUCAGUUCCCAAAGAUGCCAAGUGACUGAGAUGAACAAAAAGGACCAACAGCUUGCAUUCUGUCAUAACGCCACCCCUGAGUAAGUUGCCUAAAAGCCUCUUUCACACUACCGCAAACUGCUGAAUGAAAGCCCCACCAAGCUAAAAUCUUCAUCCACACAUUGUAAGUAAAUGAGCACUGCACAAAUACAUGAUCUGCAUCUUCCAUGGCUUUCCCACAAAAAGAGCAGCAACUGUUAUCACCAUCAAUGUUAAUCCCUCUUGAAUUCAAUUUCCUCUCUGUUGGCAACCUAUCCAGAAACAAACUCCAAGCAACAAGAAAAUUAUUCCAAAUUGCUUUGCAGUAAACAACAUCCAUGACCCUUUGAUCUGAAUUCAAAAGGUCGUAAGCUUUUUUGGAUGUGUACACUCCAUUUCUAUCAAAUUUCCAAAUCCUCUUAUCCUCCUGUCCAGCCUGUAUUCUCACGCCCUCUAUUGACUCCAAUAACUCCCCCUCUAAUUCCCUCCCCAACAGAGUCUUUUUCCAAUUAAAUUUCCAGUGCCAUUAGCUCUCCCUCCAUUCCCCCAUUUCCUACACUCUACUCUCCUUAUUAGAUGUGACAUAUUUCAGUCUUGGGUAUAUCUACUCUAAAACAUGCCCCCCUAGCCAUUUAUCUGUCCAAAACCUAAUCCUAUUACCUUCCCUCAACUUCCACACAAAGCCAUCUCCAAUAAUUCCUUGGACACCUCUACAUCUCUACCAAUUGAUACAAUAUCCCCCCAGACUCUAGAUAAUCUCCUCCUCACAAACCCAAUUUCUAAUAUUAGCCAUGCAUAUCUGGGUUACAUUAAUUUGAUGAACCCUAGGCUACACCAAUUACAAAUUAGCCUCCUAAAAAUUUUCCUGGUUCGCGUGAGGCUUAUGUUGAUCUAAUAAACAUUGCAAAUUAACAAAUUCUGUGAUUUAAUAAACCCAGAGCAGACCAAAUGUCACAUAUUUUCCUUGCUACAAUUACCCAGCGCUUGAAUUGAAUACAAAAUUUAUAGAGAAUCGAACAUUAAAAUCAACAAGAAAGGCAUAUCAAGAAAGCAAUCACUUACAGAGUUACAUUACCCAGUCUAUGGCUAGAAAUAUCGUUCGAUUGUCCGUGAGAAACGAAACCUUAACUUGAUUUCGCCUUCUAGGGUUCCUUCCAUCGUAUAUCGAAGGGAGAGGAGUGGAGGGGUAAGGUAUACCCCUUGAACUAGGGCUUUAACGGGGAGGUACCGUUGU